CUCGACGCGUCUCCCAAAAUUUUCCCUUCUCCUGUCUCCAACUAAGAAGCGACCGAUCCUCAAUCAUGGCCGGUUUACCCACGGGCGACAUUCUCUCCGGUGCAGAGUCGCAAUUGCUGCGUACCUUCUGCACCUCCAUGUCCUACACUGACGAUGAUCUCGACGACUACGCCCGCCUGCUGCAGACCGGCCCACUCGAGGCCAUCCGUAGCGACUUCGACCAAAGAGUCGAAACCAGCGGCAUAGACGCAGCCCGACAGUCCCUCCUCGACCUCGCAUACGGCCCCACGAAAAUCCCCCUCUACAACUACAUCCUGCAGCUCACCAUUCUCGUCCUCCAUCGCCGAUCAAUGUACCUGUCCUAUUUCCGAUUCCUCGCCCUCGAAGCCAAGGUCCCCGUCGACUCUGCCGAUCUCAGUGGGAACACGACACUCAUGUAUUCGAUCUCCACAAAACCAUAUUUGGACACCGAAGUCGCGGAGAUCUUGCUGCAGGCUGGCGCGGAUAUCAAUCAUCGAAAUCGAUAUGGAUCUGUGGCUGCUCACGACAUCGUGAUGGCAAUGGACUAUUCACCGGCUGGCAAGAAGAAGGUCGUUGAUGCUCUGAGGUUCUUUCUUGAGAAUGGGGGAGAUAUAAAUAUUGCGGAUGGCGAUGGGGUCACUGCUAAGAGGAUUGGAACACCCGUUCAGAGACUGAUUCCUGAGUUGGGGCCGUUACUGAAUGGUGGAGGUGGAAGUGGAAAUGCAAGCGCGGCAACUAAGGCAAAGAAGGUUGGCAGGAAUGAUCCCUGUAGCUGUGGAAGCAAGAAGAAGUACAAAGUGUGCUGUGGCAAGGUUUAGGCUGGGAAGGGGGAAGACCCUUUCCAGGUCCCAGCAACACCCGAAGUCCACACUUGUACCAGCGCGAUGCCGAACAUUUUUGGCUUGACCACAAGGCCUGGCCUCGCAUAUGGUCGAGAAAUAUCGGAACAUCUAGGUCUUAGGCUUAAACUCGUCCCUGAUUUCCCAGGAUCUCAGGUGCUUGGGGCGAAUUUCACGCAAAUAAGCCAAAUGAAGGGAAAUCCACUCUUGGAAAGGUCUUUGGUCUCUAUUUAUGACUUCGUAUUCCUGAAGUCUGCGUUUGACAACGAAGAAAGAGUUAUUGAAGAUCCGAUUUGCCAAUGAAGCAUGGCAAGUGUUAGCACCGCCGGUUUGUCCCUCUCCCCUUCCUCGUCGCCUCGUACUUCUGCCAAAGUUCUCUGACUUGCCCCUCCG